CGCGUGCAAGCAGUGACAGAAGUAUAAAGCAACCGACAUCAUCACCACACAACGAAGAUAAAAGUAAAGAAAAAGAACAGAAAAGAAAAAACAAGAACCAAAUGGCCAUGCCCCAUAGCCUGAUGGUUUCAUCAUCUCCGGCAGCUCUCAGACUCCAUUGGGAUGUGUUCUUAAGUUUUCGUGGAGAAGACACCCGCCACGGCUUCACCAAAAACCUCUACGAUUCAUUAAGCAAGCAAGACAUCAGAGUCUUCUUAGAUGACUCUGGAAUGGCUCAGGGAGACGAGAUUGCUCCAACUCUAAUGGAGGCCAUUGAAGAUUCAGCCUUAUCGAUCAUUGUUCUUUCACCAAGGUAUGCCAACUCUCAUUGGUGUCUUGAGGAGCUAGCUAGAAUAUGCGAGCUGAGGAGGCUGAUCCUGCCUGUGUUCUACCAAGUUGAUCCAUCCCAUGUUAGGAGACAGAAGGGUCCUCUAGAACAAGAUUUUAUGAAUCACAUGGAGAGGUUUGGGGAGGAGAAGGUGGGCAAGUGGAGAGAAGCCAUGUAUAAAGUUGGUGGUAUCUCUGGUUUCGUUUAUGACACCAGAUCAGAAGAUCAGUUGAUUCGGCGUUUGGGGAAUAGGGUUAUGACAGAAUUGAGAAAAACCCCGGUGGGUAUAGCUACUUAUACCGUUGGACUGGAUUCCCGUGUAGAAGACUUCAAGAAGAGGUUCAUAGAUGAUAAAUCAAAUCGCGUUCAAGUUCUGGGACUUCAUGGUAUGGGCGGGAUUGGUAAAACAACUCUUGCCACAGCUCUCUUCAAUAAACUUGUUGGUCAUUUUGAGAGUCGUAGUUUCAUCUUCAACGUUAAAGAUAUUUCUAAAGAAGAUGGUGGUCUAGUAAAACUGCAGAACAAACUUCUUCGUGAUCUUUCCCCAAAUUGGCCUCUUGUAAAUAAUAUUGAUAAAGGUGUUGCCGCAAUCAAAAUGUUGGUUCAUGACAAGCGGGUACUAAUUGUCUUAGAUGAUGUGGAUGAUGUAAGCGAACUGAAUGCACUAGCAGGGAAUAGAAGCUGGUUCGGUGAAGGAAGUCGAGUUAUUGUUACAACAAGAAACAAAGCUGUUCUAGCUGAACACCUUGUCAAUGAAUUUUACGAGGUUAGAGAGUUAGGUUACCCGGAAGCCUUACAACUUUUUAGUUAUCAUGCACUCAGAAAAGAUAAACCCACAGAAGAAUACAUGAAUAUAUCCAAGGAGAUUGUGUCACUCACAGGAGGACUGCCUCUGGCUUUGGAAGUGUUUGGUUCUACUUUGUUUAAUGAGAGAGGGUUAAAUAGAUGGGAAGAUGCCCUGAAAAAACUGCAACGAAUAAGGCCACAUAAUCUUCAGGAUGUGUUACGAAUAAGUUAUGAUGAGUUGGAUGAAGAUGAAAAGCAUGUCUUCCUUGAUAUUGCUUGCUUGUUUUUUAAAAUGGGAAUGAAAAGAGAGGAAGCAAUUGAUAUUUUGAAGGGUUGUGGCUUUAGUGCUGAGACAGUCAUCACAGUUCUGACAUCAAAAUGUCUCAUUAAGAUUCGUGAAGAUGAUGAAUUAUGGAUGCAUGAUCAACUCAGAGACAUGGGAAGACAAAUUGUUCAACAUGAAAACCUUGCAGAUCCCGGAGGGCGUAGUAGGCUAUGGGAUCGCGGUGAAAUCAUGUCAACGCUGAUGCGCAAGAAGGGCACAGAAAGUGUACAAGGUAUAGUUUUUGACUUCGAAAAGAAGAAAUAUACGAUAACUCGACGGAUUUCUUGGGUUAGAGCACUGAAUCCGUGUUCAGCACUUGCGUACUUGAUUGAAAAGUGUAAGAUUUUUCUUCGACAAGGACAAGAGGGAGAAGAAAAGAAGAAAUAUUCGAGAACUCAAUGGAUUUCUUGGGUUAGAGCACUGAAUCCGUGUUCAGCACUUGCGUACUUGAUUGAAAAGUGUAAGAUUUUUCUUCGACAAGGACAAGAGGAGGGGGAGAUGAUACUUGACACUGAAGGCUUUAAAUCAAUGGUUAAUCUGAGACUGCUCCAAAUCAAUCAUGCAAAACUGCAAGGGAAGUUCAAGAAUUUUCCCGCUGGCCUGAAGUGGCUUCAGUGGAAAAAUUGUCCUAUGAAAAAUCUUCCUUCUGACUAUGCUCCUCAUGAGCUAGCUGUGCUUGAUCUUUCGGAGAGUGGAAUUGAACGAGUUUGGGGUUGGACCAGUAACAAGGUGGCCAAGAACUUGAUGGUUAUGGAUCUCCACCGUUGCUAUAAUCUUGUGGCUUGUCCUGAUUUAUCUGGAUGUAAAACCUUGGAAAAACUUAAUCUCCAGGGUUGCGUUCGGCUAACUAAGGUUCACAAAUCAGUGGGGAAUGCAAGGACAUUACUUCAGCUGAACUUGAAUGAUUGCUCAAACCUUGUUGAAUUUCCAAGUGAUGUAUCUGGGCUAAAAGCUCUUCAGAACCUCAAUCUCUCUAACUGUCCAAAGUUGAAAGACUUGCCACAGGAAAUAGGCAGCAUGUAUUCCUUAAAACAACUUCUUGUUGAUGAAACUGCUAUAUCAGUGCUGCCCGAAUCUAUUUUCCGCCUUACAAAACUGGAGAUGCUUAGUUUGAAUGGAUGCCAAUUCAUAAAAAGGCUGCCAAAACACUUGGGAAAACUGAUUUCUCUGAAGGAACUUUCUCUCAAUCAAUCUGCAGUAGAAGAACUGCCUGAUUCUGUCGGAUCUUUGUCAAACCUUGAGAAACUAAGUUUGAUGUGGUGUCAAUCACUUACUGCGAUUCCUGAAUCUGUUGGCAAUCUCCAGUUAUUGACCGAAGUUUCCAUCAAUAGCAGUGCAAUCAAGGAAUUACCUCCUGCAAUCGGUUCAUUACCUUAUUUAAAAAUAUUAUCAGCUGGAGGGUGUCGUUCCCUGAGCAAAUUACCUGAUUCCAUUGGAGGACUAGCUUCUAUUAGCGAACUUGAGCUAGAUGAAACAUCAAUCUCACAUCUUCCAGAGCAGAUUGGUGGUUUGAAAAUGAUUGAGAAGCUUUACAUGAGGAAGUGUACAUCUCUUAGAUCUUUGCCAGAAUCAAUUGGGAGCAUGUUGAGUCUUACUACCUUAAACUUGUUUGGUUGUAAUAUUAAUGAGUUGCCUGAAUCCUUUGGGAUGCUGGAAAACCUUGUGAUGUUGAGAUUACAUCAGUGUAGAAAGCUCCAAAAGCUUCCAGUUUCUAUUGGGAAGUUGAAGUCUUUAUGCCACUUGUUAAUGGAGAAGACAGCUGUUACAGUACUACCUGAAAGUUUUGGAAAGCUCUCUAAUUUAAUGAUAUUGAAAAUGCGAAAAGAGCCGCUUGAAUCUCCCAGCACACAGGAGCACUUGGUUGUCCUCCCAAGUUCCUUCUUCGAACUAUCCUUGCUAGAAGAACUAAAUGCUCGUGCUUGGAGAAUAUCAGGUAAAAUUCCUGACGAUUUUGAGAAACUGUCAUCAUUAGAGAUCGUGGAUCUUGGCCAUAACAAUUUCAGCAGUCUUCCUUCUAGUUUAUGUGGCCUUUCUCUUCUAAGGGAGCUUCACUUGCCCCACUGCGAAGAACUUGAGUCUCUCCCUCCGCUUCCCUCAAGCUUAGAAGAAGUGGAUGUUUCCAACUGCUUUGCAUUGGAAACUAUGUCGGAUGUUUCAAACUUGGGAAGCUUAACGUUGCUGAACAUGACAAAUUGCGAGAAAGUGGUGGAUAUUCCUGGCAUUGAAUGCUUGAAAUCCCUGAAAUGGUUAUAUAUGAGCAAUUGCAAGGCGUGCUCCUUGACAGUGAAGAGCAGGCUAUCCAAGGUUUGCUUGAGGAAUAUACGCAACCUAAGCAUGCCUGGGAGCAAAAUCCCAGAUUGGUUUUCUCAAGAAGAUGUAAAAUUUUCAGAGCGAAGAAACCGUGAAAUCAAAGCUGUGAUUAUAGGUGUCGUUGUCUCUCUCGACCGUCAGAUACCAGAGCAGUUGAGAUAUUUGCCAGUUGUACCAGACAUUCAGGUCAAUCUACUGGAUCAGAAUAAACCUAUUUUCAGCACCACAUUGUACUUACAGGGAAUACCAGAGACUCAUGAAGAUCAAAUCCACUUAUGUCGAUAUUCACAUUUCAAUCCAUUGGUUUCAAUGUUGAAAGAUGGCUCUGAGAUACAGGUAAGAAAGCGAAAACCACCUGUGAUUGAAGGGGUCGAGCUGAAGAAAUGUGGAAUUCAUUUGGUUUAUGAAAAUGACGAUGAUUAUGGUGGAAAUGAAGAAUCCUUGGAUGAAAGUCAGCAAUCUGUAUCACAAAAACUGGCCAAUUUUUUCAAUUCGUACGAGGAAGAUAGCGAAGUUUGUUGAAGUUGAAAAGCAAAAUGAAGAUAUUGAAGGGAAUGAAUGAUAUAGCAGUUCAUCAACAUCUCGAAGAUCCUUUCGAGGAUGGGAAUGGGAUUUUGACUCGAAGGAAAGGUGUUACGUAUGGCUUUGAGGAUGCUAGACAGGUCUUGGUUACGUGCUGGGAGACAACUUAUAAAGCCAAAAGAGCUUCUCUGCUUCUCGGCAUAGAAUGUUGAUUUCCUCGGGAAUUAGAUUAUGGAUUAUGUGUGUUUGUUGUCCAUGCCAAGAUCUUAUUUAAUUUCAUUUAUGUUUUAUAUGGUAGACGGAAAAAUAAUUUAGUUUUUAAACUAUUUUUUAAAACAAGAUAUUUAUUUAUUGAUAUUUGUUUAAUGUAAGUGUUAUUGUGUGGACU